AUGGACAGCUACACCAAAGUUAGAUCGUCUCAUUCUUCCUUGCUAAACGGUGGCUCUCCUAGCGUUGACGAAUUCAAUACCUGCACGCGAGUGCCUCCUAGUAAUAGUCCUGUCACAACUGUCACAUCCGGUGAUAUCAGAUGCAAUGUUGGUGGAAGUAAGGGCGUCACUGGAAUCUGCGCUGCUCCGGCUGGCGGAAACAUGACCGUCGAGAUGCACGCACAACCUGGUGAUCGGUCGUUUUCAAAUCAAGCGAUUGAAGGGAAUCACUUUGGACCAGUCAUCGUCUACAUGUCGAAGGUCACAGACGCAACAACGGACCCCGGUUCUGGUUCAUGGCUCAAAGCUGAUGAAGAAGGCUACAAUUCCACAACUAAGAAAUGGGGAACAGACACCUUGAAUAGCAAUUGCGGCCACAGAAGUUUUACGAUUCCCGCUUCCAUCUCGCCAGGAGCAUACCUCAGUGCUGGCGGCGCUCAGCUCUACAUGAGCUGCUAUCAGGUCAAUAUUACUGGAGGCGGAGCUGCCAGCCCAGCUGGUGUGUCAUUCCCCGGUGCCUACAAUGCGACAGAUCCAGGAAUUCUCAUCGAUAUCUACAAGCCCAUCAUAGACUACGUGAUACCAGGGCCCGCAGUGUUCGCUGAAUAGACGCCGAACGUCGUUCCAUGAAGUGAUAAGAGUGCAGAAGCUCAUGUAAGAGUGUCAGACUUGGCAAUGGGAGAUAGCCAAAAGAACAAGGAACAGUCUGUAUAAUGUAGGUAAAGUUGCUCAGCGUUGAACACAUUUACACUAUUUAGUCAGGAGUUGAAUGGCUAUUGGCUCUGUGACAGGAGUGCCGGCCGGCGUCUCGAUACAAUCACCAAAGUCAAACUCAAUGUCUUCCGUUCUCGGCUCCGGUUAGCGCUAUCAUCGUAUAUCUUGCUCCCCAACAUAUCUCUGAGACACUGCGUGGGGAACGUUGGGAAGGGGAGAGACGAAACCG